CAAAACGAAGACGGUGUCAUGAUUGACUAGACACUGUUGUUCUCUUCACAUACUUCCUCGGCCUACUGGUCUUGGGCUACUUUUUAAACCCGCGAUGAUUGAAUUCUUAUGAAGCCACGACGUGUCCUACUGACCAUUCAUACAGUCACCUCUGAUUAUCAGCUACCAUUAGAGUCUCAACCCUCAACCAGAACAUCUUGCGGCUUUGUCCCUCGUCUAAAAACCUGUUCCUAGGAAUCGAACAACAUGACACCUCCAGGACGUCGGAAAACGAGCCUCCUCUCUCUUCUCCCCCUUUUGAUCCUCCUAUUCCUUACGACUGGCACACAUGCUGCCUCCGCUGUUUUGGGCAUCGACCUGGGAACCGAGUACUUCAAAGCAGCAAUCGCGAAGCCCGGUAGCCCUAUAGAUAUUGUUCUUUCGAAAGACUCAAAAAGAAGAGAAGCCGCCACCCUCGCCUUCAAGCCAUCCCGGGCACAGAACAAUGACCCCGACGCUUUUCCAGAAAGAUUAUAUGGCGGGGACGCUGUUGCACUCGCUGCACGGUUUCCCUCAGACGUCUACCCAAAUCUGAAAACUCUUCUUGGGCUGGACGCAUCCUCAAGUCUCGUUCAGGGGUAUAGUGCCCGAUAUCCAGGGCUCAGCAUCAAAACAAUCCCGCGUGCGGGUGCCGACGCUGUGGGUGGCACGGUUGGAUUCAAAAGCAAGAGUUUUUCCAGCAAUAAGGAUAGUGAUAGUCAAGUCUUCAUGGUUGAAGAACUAUUGGCGAUGGAAUUCAAAAAUGUCCGAGCAAAUGCAGAGGCUGCGGUUGUACAGGGCACUUUUGUUACAGACGUGGUAAUCACUGUCCCAUCCUUCUACACCGCCGAAGAGAGGCGAGCUGUAGAACUGGCAGCUGACCUUGCCGGGUUACGAGUCCUUGGUCUGGUUAGUGAUGGCCUAGCAGUUGGCUUGAAUUAUGCCACACAUAGGACAUUUGACAGUGUUUCAGAUGGUGCCAAGCCUGAACACCAUUUGGUUUACGACGUCGGCGCUGGCUCAGCGACAGCGACCGUCCUCAAAUUCCAAGGAAGGACGAUCAAAGGCCCAGCCAAGCGAAAUCAGACCAUUCAGGAGGUGAUUGUGCUUGGGACUGGCUAUGACAGAACUCUUGGCGGCGAUUCACUUAACGAUCUCAUUGUGGAUGACAUGGUGAAUCAAUUUUUGGAAAGUCCCAAAAUUCAAAAGCUUGGACUAGGAGCGGCAACAAUCAAAUCGCAUGGAAAGACUGCUGCAAGACUCUGGAAAGAUGCCGAGCGUAUGCGGCAACUACUCAGCGCUAACGCUGUUGCAUCUGCAAGCUUCGAAGGCCUGUACGAUGAUGAGAUUAAUUUCAAGUACAGCCUGACAAGAGAAAAGUUUGAGGAAUUGGCGGCAAGCCAUGCCAAUCGCAUUGAGCCACCAAUUCUGGCGGCUCUUGACGCGGCGGGUUUGGGCUUGAACGACCUCGACUCGAUCAUCUUGCACGGCGGCCUAGUUCGGACGCCUUUUGUGCAGAAAGAGCUCGAAAAGAUUGUCGGCGAUGCAGCAAAACUCAAAUCAAAUGUCAAUGCAGAUGAAGCGGCAGCGAUGGGUGCAGGUUUCAAGGCAGCCGCUUUGAGCCCAAGCUUCAGGGUCAAGGACAUUCGAGACACCGAUAUUUCAGGCUCACCAAUCACUUUGAAAUGGUCAUCCGAAGGGAAGGAAAGGUCGCAGAAACUCUUCACCUCGUCUUCUCAUAUUGGGUCGGAGAAGCAGGUCCCCGUCAAGGCUUUGGAUGAUUUGACGCUCUCAUUUCACCAACUUGUUGGGGAGGAAGAAGUUGGCAUUCUUGACGUUGCAGCAACGAAUUUGACGAAAUCGGUGGCACAAUUGAAAGACAAGUACGGAUGUGGUGCCGCAAACAUCACUACCGUCUUCAACAUCCGCUUGAGCACAGUCAACGGCAUACCUGAGGUUAUCUCAGGGGCUGUCAGCUGCCAAACUGACGGGGGAAAGGCCGGCGGUGUUAUUGACAACGUCAAGGGCCUUUUUGGAUUCGGUGCGAAGAAGGAGGACGAACAAAAGGUUCUUGAGGAUACAGAGACUGAAGAUCUUCCUUUAACACCUCUGCCAGUCUCCGACCCGACAAGCUCUGGAUCGACUGUGACUCCUUCAACAUCCAAGUCUUCUGGCCAGUCGGAUUCAUCUUCUACCGCAUCGAGCAAAGCUUCACAAGCUGCGAAACCCACAUCUUCAACAAUCUCCAUCCCCUUGGCACUCCGAGCUACGACUGUUGGCCUCAAUGCACCUCCCUCGGCAUCUCUUUCCAAACUGCGCGGAAGACUAGACCAAUUCGAUGUUUCUGAUCGAAACUCGGCACUUCUCGCCGAAGCUCUCAACACCCUGGAAGCCUUUACAUAUCGCGCGCGAGAUUACCUUGACGAUGUGAGUUUUAUUUCAGCCUCGAGUGAGAAGACUCGGAAUGAAAUUGAGGCUUUGAUUUCAGAAACUUCGGACUGGCUUUACGGCGAAGGCUCCGAUGCCAAAAUAGGAGAGUUCAAGGCGCGGUUGAAGGCACUCAAAGCACUCGUGGAUCCAGUACUCAAACGCACAGACGAAGCCAACAAGCGGCCCAAAGCCGUGAAAGAGCUACAGGCGAAGCUAGAGACCUUGUCAGGAAUGGCCAAGAAUGUCAAGGAACGCAUUGAGCAAGCCGCAGAAAGUGCGGCCUCAAUCUCCAGUUCUUUAGCGGAAGCUGCUUCAUCUUCAAGCUCUUCGACCACCGUAUCAUCCGACCCUGCUUCUGAGGACGACCUCGAGGACGACCCUUACCGUACAAGCUCUGCAUCGGAACCCAAGGAAACGGCACCUGUAAUCAUGCCGGUAGAAUACUCAGAAGAGGAUCUCAAGUCAUUGACCAACAAAUACGAAAAAGUCAAGUCCUGGCUAGAGGAGAAAUUAGCCGCGCAGGAGAAACUAGGUCCCUACGAUGAUCCGGUGGUCCUGACAUCGGACUUGGAAGCAAAAGGAGAUGAAGUCCAAAGAGUAUCGGCAGAUAUGGCCAUGAAGGCCAUCCGGAUGAAGCAGCAGAACUCGCAGAAACUAAAGGCUAGUGCCAAGAAGGUCAAGUCUAGCAAGACGAAGAAGAGCAAGUCGUCAACAUCGACUGGUAGUGAGACAACAACAAGUUCGGUAGAGAGCUCUGCCACUACCAGCAGCACAACGACUACAACCCAGGUGAGGGACGAAUUAUAAAGAAACGUCUCAUCCAUAGCCCAUGUCAGGUAGUCGCAUGCCUGUCUUUUAGGGCACGGCGCACUCUGUAUGACGCUACAUCGUCUUGGAAUUAAAUGAAAGAAUAAAUCAUUUUC